AUGUUCCUCCAGAACCUCGUGCAGAAGGCGCAACAACUCAUUGAUCCCGCCGUCCUGCCUGGGCCCUUGGGCUCCCUCACUUCCUCCGACCGCCCCUCCAAAGCGCAGCUCUUCCGCCACCAAUUCCGCCUCCCAGACAGCCAAAAUCCCCUCUACGAGAUCACCGCCGAACUCACACUCCCCGGGAAGAGCCAUCGCGGAGGUGGUGCGUCCAAGAGCUGGGAUAAGAGCAAUUGGGAUCGAGACCGGGGCACGCAUUAUGUGGGACAAUUACAUUUGAGCGAGCAGUUUCUGUGCUUUUCCACGGUGAAUACUUCAUUUGCGAAUACGGCGAGCACGAGCGCCAGCAGUGCUUUCACGGGAAGAACACACGGGACCGGACCGGCGGGCAAUGGCUUCACUCUGCCGCUCUGUGCAGUACGAAGGGUGGAGAGACUGCACACUCAGAGUUACAUGUUUGCAUUGUCGGUGACGACCUGGAAUGGCUUCGAUGCGGGCGGCGAGGGGAAAGCUGGUGCUCCUUCACCACCGAAGCUCACGGUUCAGCUCGAGGGGAGCAGGCAGCAGUGUGAGCGGUUCUGUGAUGGGCUGAAGAGAGGGUUGAGGCAGGGCAUCAAAGAAGUUGACAACAUGCGGACGGUGGCACAGGAGUGUUAUUCGGAGUACUUUCUCUACGACGACUUCGAUGUGACCCCUACGUCGGAGAAGCCUGACGGCACGCCACGGAAUCCGCCUGAUACUGGACUGGGGAGUGUGUUCAAGUAUCCGGGCAAUUCGAAAAAGCUGCGAGAUCGGAGCAAGAUGAGGUUGUGGCAUGAAUAUUUGCGGGAGAACGGCAGAAACACGACCCUGGUACGGCAGCCAGACUUCCACCGACUGAUACGAGUUGGACUGCCGAAUCUGCUGAGAGGUGAGAUCUGGGAGCUUACGUGUGGAUCGUUCUAUCUGCGGCUACAAAAGCCAAAGCUAUACCAGGAAACACUCGUCAAACACGAGGGAGAGGGCUCGUUGGCCAUCGACGAGAUUGAGAAAGAUCUCAACCGAAGUCUGCCGGAAUAUGCUGGUUUCCAGAGCGAAGAGGGCAUCGGCAGAUUACGACGGGUUCUCACGGCCUACAGCUGGAUCAACCCAGAAGUCGGAUACUGCCAGGCCAUGAACAUCGUCGUGGCCGCAUUGCUGAUCUAUCUUUCCGAAUCGCAAGCUUUCUAUGUCCUCUCCAUUCUAUGCGACCGAUUACUACCAGGAUACUACUCCACCACCAUGUACGGCACGUUACUUGAUCAGAGGGUUUUCGAGAGUCUGGUCGAGAAGACGAUGCCGAUCAUUUGGGACCAUCUCGUUAAGAAUGAUGUGCAGCUUUCGGUCGUAUCUUUGCCAUGGUUCUUGUCACUCUACAUCAACAGCAUGCCGCUGAUCUUCGCCUUUCGUGUGCUGGACGUCUUCUUCCUCGAGGGGCCAAAGGUGCUCUUCCAAGUCGGCCUCGCCAUUCUACGAAUCAAUGGGGAAGAACUGCUGGAUGCCACAGACGACGGUACUUUCAUUUCAGUGCUAAAGUCAUACUUUGCUCGACUGGGCGAGUCUGCACAUCCAAAAUCCGAGAACCCCAAACAUCGAGCUAUUACCAACUUCCAGGCCCUCAUGGUGGUCGCAUUCAAGGAGUUUGAGGGCAUCACACAACACACCAUCUCCGAGCAGCGGUCGAAACACAAAGCGGCCGUAUUAGAGAACAUUGAGUCCUUCGCCAAGCGAACCUCGAUCAGAAACCUCGGACCAGAGAGUAAGAAGCUUUCGACGAACGACCUUGGCUUCCUCUAUGACCGCUUCUAUACUGUUCUUUAUGAGAGACAGCAACGAUCGCAGAUCAUACAGGCCGAGACGGAUCGAAAGCAGAAACAGGCCAAACUAAGAGCUACCGAAGUCGUCACUGGUGUGUCUGGCAAUGCACCUGAGAUGGGUCGUGUUGCUCUUGGGCCGAGCUCCUCACAGAUGGAUUACGACGCUUUCAGAGAGUUCCUUGCGGGUGUCUCGAAGUGGGCGGUAACCGACUCUCCUUCAUCACCCAGCAAGGAGGACAGAUCAUCGAAUGGAUACUUCGCCAGCGCACUGCGAAACCGAUCGGCCAGUUUCUCACCAUGGGGCACAGGACCAGAACCUGCAGAUCACGACUUCAUGCAACGCCUAUUCCGGAAAUGGGAUGCUGAUGGCAAUUCUGCCUUGACUUUGCAGAAUGUGGUGACGGGCUUGGCACCAAUCAAGGGUAACCGCGACAUCAUGAGCAGCAUCGAGUACUUCUUUGAACUCUACGACGACGACAAUGACGGCAAGGUGGAUCGAGAAGGCAUUCUACGCAUCUCGGAAGCUCUGCUGUUCUUGUCCAGGCGAGGUGUAUCUAGUGGAUUGGGUCCUUCGUCCGGUGUGGAGGAGGUGAAGGGACCAGAUGGUCUACCCAUGUCCAAGGACGAGCAAUUCCUGAGUGCUGUCUCGGCUUUCAUAAGGAGAUGCUUUGAGUAUGCGGAUCCAGAUCAUCCGAGCCGGCAGGAUGUGGAUGGUGCUGCAGAUGGGAUCAAGAACUUGGAUGUGAAAGAAGAUGACCUGCUCGAUCUUGGGGAGGAGAAGAAGACCACAGAAGACCAUCCACUAUCGGAUAACUCAACAUCUGCAGCGGACGACUCUGUGCUGGCGCGUCCUUCGACGAACUCCUUUGGACAGACAGUAUCGAAGAACGCAGAAGCGAACGCAGCACUCGACCCUUCCAGCCCAGUGCACAUCACUCUGCCGACCUUCAGGAUGUUGGUGCUCGCGGAUGAAUCACUGGAAUCGUUCUUCGACUCUGGCUUCGCCAACUCCUUCCAUCUCGCCGAUGCUCCUCUCCCCUCGUCAACACUCACAUCACCUUCCUUCCUCAACCUCCACAAUGCUGCGCCUGCGAACUCGGCGUCUCCCCUUCCAACUAUUAGUCCAGGUGGACCCGGCGCGGGCGUCGUUGCGCCCGGAAAAGGUCUUCGUGGCAUGCUCGACAACAUUGUCACCGAUGGCAUGCGUGUCGCGGCUGAAGUGCGACGGCGCAUGGAUGAAGCACAGAAGGAACUCGAUCGAGGCGCGACUACGAGAGGUACGGAAGAUGAAGAGGACGACGAGUUUGAGGACCACGGGAGGGAUUUGCUGGAUGUGGCUGAAGCUGAUGCCGUUCCCGAGAGGCAAGGCGAAGCCGGAGGUAAUCUGCUGGACAAAGACGUUGUUUCGAGUCCUACCAAGGCCGAAGCGGGAAGUAGUGCGGCGAGUGUCAAGAGUACGGGCAGUACAGGCAUGGGCAAGGAUGUGGAGAAGAGUACGAUGUUUGAACGAUAG